AUGGAAUCUGCGGAGGCACGAAUCGCGGAGUUGCUACGCAAGUUAGAGGAAUCCGAACAGAGACUCGAAGAGGAGCAGCGCCGACGCGAAGAGGAGCAGCGCCGACGCGAAGAGGAGCAGCGCCGACGCGAAGAAGAGCAGCGCCGACGCGAAGAAGAGCAGCGCCGACGCGAAGAAGCCGAGGAACUGGCCAAGGAGACCAGGCCACAAGCGCUUGAGCAAUAUCUCGAGGCGUGUCAUUCGCUCAGCCUUGCCAUUCAGGUGGUAACCGACCGCUCUCUCACCACCCAAGGGGACACGACUAACCCCACCGGCCGAAUAUAUCCUCGACGCAUCAUACCGUGGGAUGAUUUCGCGGCAGGCCAGGAGGCUAUUUGGGAAAGACUCACCGGCGGUUCAUUCUCCUCACAACCCGUGUUUCCGACCAGCAACCAGCUUGCAUACGUCAGGUCCUUGAUCCAUUCCAUUAGUAGUGAGCUUGGACUUCGGGACUUUGAACGCGACACCGUCGAAAAUGCCGUGCGCAAGCUAUUUGGGGAGGCUUUCCGCGAUCCACAAAUUCGAUCUGGCCUGGGCCUACAAGGGGAUAUAUCCUUCGAAAGCCACACAAAUCUUGGUGGUGACGUGAACACCAUCUCUGAGUCUCUGGGAAAUGUGUCUAUCAGCGAGCAUAACACCGGCGCGAAGUCGGCAGCACCAAAGACAGCUCGCCGCCGAACCCGGGGGAAGGGUAACCGCGCCGACCAGUUCUGUAUAUACAGGAACGAGGACGGUCAGAAUAUACCCGCUGUGGCCAUCGAGUACAAGCCUCCACACAAACUCACCCAGGAGGAGAUAGUGGUCGGCCUCCGAUCGGCGAUCCAGCCGCAACGUGACGUGAUUCACAUGACUGGUGACAGCUUUGAGUUUGCGUCGAGGACCCUCGCUGCUGCCGUCGUCACUCAGUUGUUCUCUUACAUGAUAGGUAAAGGCGUCCAGUACGGGUACGUUUGCACAGGAGAAGUCUUCAUUUUCCUCUUCAUUCCCGAGGACCCGGCCACUGUCUACUACUUCGUGUCUGUGCCCAACCUUGACGUCCUGGACGACGACCCCACCAGACUUCACCGUACGGCCGUCGCCCAGGUCUUUGCCUUCAUCCUCCAGGCCGUCCGUGCAGAGCCACCUCCUGCAUCCUGGCACGAUGCAGCUGCUGAGCUGGACACAUGGGCCAUGGAGUUCGACGACGUGCUGAGAGAUAUCCCGGCGACGGUACGUAAGGAGCGACCCACGUCUGCGUAUAAGCCUCAGCGUUGGAAGAAUUUUAUGCGGUCGCCUAUUCGAACGCGCUCGCGCUGCAAGCCGGUGCAGGAUGCGUUUCCCAGCCGGAGCGAUGAUGAAGAUGACGGCGAUGGACCCGCUUCCCCAACCCCGGAUCGAUCAAGCCAUUCCACCAAGUCUACACCAACAGCGGAAGUGCAAGCCGCAGGCCAGAUCAGAGGUCGCAGAGAGCAGGAGGAGAGGCAAACUGGAAAACACAGGAUACAAGAUCGGCCCUUCUGUUCUCGGCACUGUCUUUCGGGACUAGCCUCAGGUGGACCAAUCGACUCGUCAUGUCCCAAUGCCAAGGAUCACAAGCCUGCGCAUAUAAGCCGCUCCGAGUUUCUCUGCCGGACCCGGGAUCAACUGGCCAAGGAUCGUGGCCCGGAAGCCGACUGCACUCCUCUUUAUCGGGCCGGCGCAACAGGGGCGCUUUUCAAGGUGCGGCUAUCAUCUCAUGGCUAUACACUUGUCGCCAAGGCUAUGCAACAGCCGGAUUUGCCUCGCUUGCAGCAUGAAGAAACAGCGUACAACCACAUUAAGCCCAUGCAGGGAGACGGUGUUCCAAUCUUCCUGGGAUUAGUCGACCUCGUCCUGCCGUAUUACUACGACUGUGGUGUAUUCACCCAAUUCAUGUUUCUCAGCUGGGAGGGGAAACCGUUAUCUGAAAGCAUUGGGGAGCUCAACAAGCACGAUAUUGUUCGCAAGGUUACUGGCAUUUACACCAGGCUACAUCAACUUGGCGUCCUUCACCGUGAUGCGGAGUUACGGAACAUACUUUACGACUCUCAACACAGGCGUUUCUGCGUCAUCGACUUUGAAAGAGCGUUGCUCCCCAGUCGCGAACCGCUGGCAUCGAUAAGUACAAAUGUCCCAGCACGCAAGAGGAAGAGGGGAAAAAAGGAUCGUGUUGUAGACCCCUUUGCGCAAGAACUGAGGCGUCUUUGUGAGAAGUUGUCGAGGUGA